UCCAAGUAUAUAAACCGCCAGCAAUAUCACCACCAUCUUCAACACAGAUUCAGAAAGAGAAACAAACAAAUAGACAAAGAAACCCUAGCUAGGGUUUUAUCCAAUCCAAGAUAAUACAGUAGCUGGGUGUUGAAUCAAUCAAAAGAGAGGCAAGAUGAGGAUUAUGAUAAAGGGAGGCGUGUGGAAGAACACGGAGGAUGAAAUCCUUAAAGCCGCCGUUAUGAAAUAUGGCAAAAACCAGUGGGCCCGUAUCUCCUCCCUCUUGGUUCGUAAAUCCGCUAAACAGUGUAAGGCUCGCUGGUACGAGUGGCUGGAUCCCUCCAUCAAAAAAACUGAAUGGACAAGAGAAGAGGAUGAGAAGUUGCUUCAUCUUGCUAAGCUUAUGCCCACACAAUGGAGAACAAUUGCUCCAAUUGUUGGCAGAACUCCAUCUCAGUGCCUUGAGAGAUAUGAGAAGCUCCUUGAUGCAGCUUGUGCCAAGGAUGAGAACUACGAACCAGGUGAUGAUCCACGGAAAUUGCGUCCUGGGGAGAUUGACCCAAACCCAGAAUCAAAGCCUGCUCGUCCGGAUCCAGUUGAUAUGGAUGAAGAUGAGAAGGAAAUGCUUUCUGAAGCGCGAGCUCGUUUGGCCAACACUAGGGGCAAAAAGGCAAAAAGAAAGGCCAGGGAGAAACAGCUUGAAGAGGCUAGGAGGCUUGCUUCUUUGCAAAAGAGGAGAGAACUUAAAGCUGCUGGAAUUGAUAAUAGACACAGGAAAAGGAAAAGAAAGGGAAUUGAUUAUAAUGCCGAAAUUCCCUUUGAGAAGAAGCCUCCUCCGGGCUUUUUUGAUGUUACUGAUGAAGAUAGGCCUGUAGAACAAGUUAAAUUCCCAACAACCAUUGAAGAACUUGAAGGGAAGAGGAGGAUUGAUUUAGAAGCUCAGUUAAGAAGACAAGAUAUUGCAAAGAACAAAAUUGCGCAGAGACAGGACGCUCCUUCAUCCAUACUGCAGGCGAACAAGAUGAAUGAUCCAGAAACAGUUAGGAAGAGGUCAAAACUGAUGCUUCCUGCACCUCAGAUUUCAGACCAUGAAUUGGAGGAAAUUGCAAAAAUGGGUUAUGCUAGUGAUCUUCUUGCUGGGAAUGAGGAACUGUCAGAAGGCAGUGGUGCAACUCGUGCUCUUCUUGCAAAUUAUGCACAGACACCACAGCAGGGAAUGACACCAUUACGAACCCCACAAAGAACACCAGCUGGAAAGGGUGAUGCUAUUAUGAUGGAGGCUGAAAAUCUGGCUAGGUUGAGAGAGUCACAGACACCAUUAUUAGGAGGAGAGAAUCCAGAGUUGCACCCUUCAGAUUUUUCUGGGGUCACUCCAAAGAAAAGGGAAAUCCAAACACCUAACCCAAUGCUGACUCCUUCCGCAACACCUGGUGGUGUGGGACUUACUCCCAGAAUUGGCAUGACACCUUCAAGGGAUGGUUAUUCUUUUGGUGUGACUCCUAAAGGAACUCCCAUCAGGGAUGAGCUCCACAUAAAUGAGGACAUGGAUAUGCAUGACAGUGCAAAACUUGAACAAAGAAGACAAGCUGAUCUGAGAAGAAACUUGCGCUCUGGUCUGAGUAAUCUCCCACAGCCCAAGAACGAGUACCAAAUAGUUGUCCAGCCACCUGCAGAAGAUAAUGAAGAACCAGAAGAGAAGAUUGAAGAAGACAUGUCUGAUAGGUUAGCCAGAGAAAGGGCCGAGGAAGAAGCAAGGCAGCAGGCAUUACUUCGGAAGAGAUCAAAAGUGCUGCAGAGGGAGCUUCCUCGGCCUCCGGUUGCUUCAUUGGAACUAAUUAGAAAUUCUUUAUUGAGGGCUGAUGGAGACAAGAGUUCCUUUGUUCCUCCCACUUCUAUUGAGCAGGCUGAUGAAGUGAUAAGAAAGGAACUUCUAACACUACUAGAGCAUGAUAAUGCUAAAUACCCCCUUGAGGAAAAGGUGGAGAAGAAAAAGAAGGGCUCCAAGCGUUCUGCUAAUGGAUCUGCUGCUCCUGUUCCCGUGAUUGAAGAUUUUGAAGAAGAAGAGCUGAAGGAGGCUGAUAUUUUGAUAAAGGAAGAGACUCAGUAUCUUCGUGUAGCAAUGGGGCAUGAAAAUGAAUCCCUUGAUGAAUUUGUGGAAGCACACAAUACUUGUUUAAACGAUCUCAUGUACUUCCCCACCCGAAAUGCUUAUGGUCUCUCAAGUGUAGCUGGAAACAUGGAGAAACUUGCAGCCUAUCAGAGCGAAUUUGAGAUUGUGAAGAAGAAGAUGGAUGAUGAUAAGGAGAAGGCUUUACACCUUGAGAAAAAAGUCAAAGUUCUCACACAAGGUUAUGAGAAACGGGCUGAAAAUCUGCGAAACCAAAUACAAGCGACCGUCAAACAGAUGGAGACUGCUGGAACAGAACUUGAGUGUUUCCAAGCGUUGCAGAAGCAAGAGCAACUGGCAGCAUCAAACAGAAUAAAUGGUCUGUGGGAAGAAGUUCAGAAGCAAAAGGAGCUUGAGCAAACAUUACAAAAGCGCUAUGGAGAUCUCUUGGCUGAGCUGGAAAGAGUAAGCCGUCACAUAAAUGAAUACAGAGUACAGGCACAAAAACAAGAAGAAAUUGCUGCAGAGAAGCAUGCAUUGGAGGCGGCUGCAGCAAAUCAAGCCAUUGAGCAAAAUUCAGAAGCCCCGGAAUCUUUACCUUCAGGGGAACUUGGAAGCUCUAUGCCAGUUGAGCCAUCUCAUGGUGAAAAUCCAGGCCCACAAAUAGACGGUGCUCACGUGGAUGUUGAGUCAGGGGAAGAUCAUUUAACACCUGAUGCAGAUGUGAGGCAAAAUGUUGUGGAAGCCAAUCCAGACGUGGUCGCCCAAGAAACUGUAAAAUAUAGUGGUUCAGCUAAUGAGGAUGUCAUGGAAGUUCCUAGUGCUGAAGCUGACAAUGCAUCCUUGGCCUCCAAAGAGUUGGAGGCCAAGGACAAUCUGCCUAUCAUGAAUGGAGAUUCUACCGACAAACAAGCAGGAGAUGAUAGUGCUAGUUCAGAACUGGUAAACACAGAAUUGGAUGGGAAAAAAGAGAAUCAAGAGAAUAUGGUGAUAAUACACGACGAUAAUUAGAAAUCUCCCUAUUAAUACAGUAACCUUUUGGGAGUUGAAGAAUUGUGAAUUGAGGUUGUUAUGUAAUGUUUCAGGGGACAUUGGCUAUUUGGAUUCAUAUGCGCAUAAUCUUCCAUUAAUGUCUUGAGCAAAACUGGAACAGGGAUGCCAUGUGUUUCUGUUUAAAUCCUAAAAGAGAGACCAGAAAAAAGAGUUUAAUCUGGUCCUUUGUACUUUGUAACUGUU